CUGGUCUCCUUAAACCACGCUCCAAAUUACAUAUUGGAGCCUUCAAUGUCCGCACCCUCCGUCAAAUUGGCCAACAGGCUUCGUUAGCAAAGACUCUAGCAACUCGGGCAUGGAUGUGUGCUGUGUUUGUGAGACACGCAUACAGGACCCAAGUGUGGUUAUUCACCUGACCUCUCCUGACCAAUCUGGUGAAUCCGCAAAAUUCACCCUUCGAGUUUCUGGAGAUUCGAUAGCUAGCUCUCGUGGUCUUGCAGGUGUAGGUAUAGCAUUAAGCACCAGGGCAGAAAACUCACUACUAGACUGGAUCCCAGUUGAUAGUCGCCUCUGCGCUAUGAGGCUGAACGGCACAGUGAGAACUAAAAGGAAUAGUGAGACUCGCCGUUGUCUCUUUGUAAUCUCUGCUUACGCACCCACUGACUGCAGCUCGGAUGAAGUGAAGGACGAGUUCUACCAUAAACUGUCUAACCUCCUCUCGAAAGCCAAACGUUCGGACGUGGUGGUUGUUGCAGGUGACCUCAACGCACAGGUGGGUAGACUGAGUGAGGCAGAAAGGCACUUAGGUGGCACUUUCGGAAUCCCAGCUGAACGUACAGAUAACGGUGAUCGCCUAUUACAACUAUGCUCAGAUAACCGCCUAUUUUUAGCCAGCACAAAUUUCAGACAUAAAGAAAGGCACUGUCUGACCUGGCGUCCACCGAGCUCAACUCAGCGAUGGACACAGAUAGACCACAUUGCUAUUAGUCAUCGCUGGAGAGGAUCGGUGGAAGACUGCCGCUCCUUCUGGAGUACGUGUUUGGACAGCGAUCAUGCGUUGGUCCGAGCACGUAUAUGCCUGCGUCUCAAUGGACGUAGAAAAAAUUUGGCAACAAAACCACUACGAGUUCUGCUGGACAACGAAAACACCAAAGCCGUGUUCAGUGAGAAGUUGGCUAGGCAGUUAUCGGAACAAAAGACUGUCACUCAUCCAGAAGAAGCUUGGUGCCAUCUUCAGUCUGCUGUAAAAGCAGCACUGAAGACUGUAGCCGACUCCAAAAUAAUGGCUAAAAAGAGCCAGUGGAUAUCAGCAGCUUCUUCCAAACUAAUGGAUGCACGUGAAUGCAUCCCUGCAGGCUCUGAGUACAAUGAAGAGCGAGCGCAACUUAAAAAUAACUGACGAAAAGUCUGCGCAACGAUCGUGAACAGUGGUGGGCAGCAAGGCUAAAGAGAUGGAAAAGGCAGCGGCGAUCGGUAACAGUAGACAGUUAUUUAGACUUAUUAAGGAGACUGGGGGGAAAUGGUCAACAACAGUUAGUGAGGCUAUAGCGGAGAAGGACGGAUCUGCGAUUCACUCGCAGGGGGCGACUGGAACGAUGGGCAGAACACUUCGAGGAACAGUUUAACUGGCCUCCAGCCACGAUUGCGUUGCCCGCUAUCCAGUCGGACCCUGAAUGGGACAUAGAGACAGGCCCCCCAACACUAGAAGAAGUUGAGAAAGCGGUAGGUAGCCUGAAACGGGAAGGGCAGCAGGACCAGACGGACUACCUGCUGAGGUAUACAAGAAUGGUGGUAGAGUGCUCUUAGUCAGGUUAACGGAAGUGUUAGCCAGUAUAUGGGAAUCAAAUACGAUCCCCUCCGACUGGUCUAAGUCACUCAUCAUCCCAGUCUUCAAGAAAGGCGAGAAGUCCUCUUGUGAUAACCACAGAGGAAUCAGCCUGACAAACAUAGUGUCUAAGAUCCUAAGUUCUAUAAUUCUCCGACGCCUGAGUGGAGCUCGGGAACAGCAAGCCCGAGAAAACCAGGCAGGCUUUAGACCUGGCCGUGGGUGUAUCGACCAAAUAUUCACACUGCGCCAGGUCCUGGAACAUAGGCAUGCUUACAGACGCCCGACAAUAGCUGUAUUUCUCGACCUGAAGGCGGCAUUUGACUCCGUUGAUCGAGAAGUCUUAUGGCAAUGUCUGUCACUGAAAGGCGUGCCUAGUAAGUACAUCACCUUAUUGAAAGCUCUCUACUCGAACACUUGUGGGCAUGUUAGAGCCUAUGGUGAGUUGUCCAGGGAGCUAUACUCAUCAAGUGGUGUCCGUCAAGGAUGCCCACUCUCUCCAUUCUUAUUUAAUUUUAUCAUAGAUAUUCUUAUGGAGGUU